AGGUGGGGUGAGUCUGAGGCCUGUGGAUGAACAGACAGAAGCUGAAGGAUCCCCCCAAAAAAGCGGCCUCGAUGUAACUGCGUUUGUACAGAUGCCAGUCCUUGAUUGGUUGUUUAAGUCGUGUCCAGGCCUUUGAGGAUCAGUUUGCUCAUCUGUCAAAUAGCACUCAUCACUUUGCGCGGUGAGUUCGCACCAGGCUGAGAGCUGCCUAGGGAUAAGGAUGCGGGAGAGGACCGCUCAGAACUGGAGCGCGGGCCACUGGCUGCUGGCACUUUCCCUGGCCUGGCUGUGGACCCUCCCUGCCUCGGCUUCCUUGCAGCCACCAACUCCCACAGUCCUGGUGAAGCAGGGCACCUGCGAGGUCAUUGCUGCUCAUCGCUGCUGCAACUGGAACCGCAUCGAGGAGCGCUCCCAGACUGUCCAGUGCUCCUGCUUCUCUGGCCAGGUGGCCGGCACCACGCAGGCAAAGCCCUCCUGCGUGGACGCCUCCAUCGUCCUGCAGAAACGGUGGUGUCAGAUGGAGCCCUGCCUGCCGGGAGAGGAGUGCAGAGUGCUCCCGGAUCUGUCAGGAUGGAGCUGCAGCAGCGGACACAAAGUCAAAACCACCAAGGUCACACGAUAGCUCUUGGGGUGACGGGCUGGACAGGACAGCUUGACUGAGCCACAGACUGAAGAAUGGUACUGUUGUCAGCCAGCAACAGUAGCCAUUCACUCACCCGGACACAUGCCCUGUGCCAAGUGCAGAAUCCCUCUUUCCGGGGGCAUUUCAGUUGAGUUGCUCAGCAGAUAGGACAGAUCUCUGGCCUCAUACCUAGCGUGGUGCUCCGUUCUCCUGGGGGGCCCAGAAGAAGGUCAAGAUACAUUUCUUGCCCUUGAGGAACAUCCAGUCAAGUUGGAGAGUUGUUGAAAGAUAAUUGAGCUAAUUGAGGUGAAAGGUACGGGACUGCGUGCAGCUUCUGGGCCAUAUGCUGUGGACAUGUUGGGGGCGUGAGGGUGAGACUCCCACAGCCCUGCAGCCUCGCCCUCGACACAAGGCGCGAAGACAAGAGGUCACAUUCACCACCCGCCACUUCCCUCCCUCACGUCAGUCCCAACACCAGGAAGCUGCCAACAUGCCAAAGGAAAACCUCCGCUCCGUGAGAGACCAUUGCUACCUCAUUUGCCUGGAACUGGGUUGAUUUGGGGAGCGAAAGCCGACAUGAAGCCAGACAACUUUCCAGCCAAGCUCUGCAGAGGCAUGGCCCGGUUUGGGCUGUUCAUUGGGAAUGGGAUGGACAGGACCUUCAAAUCAUCCCCACCCAAGGACCUCAGGUUUUUGCUUGUUUGCUUAUUUUAACAGAUGAGGAAGCUGAGUCCCCGACAGGUAAGAUGACUUGUCCAAGCUCUCCCAGUUUGGGCUUCCAAAUCUCUAAGGCCUUUCACUUAGCCUGGAUAUGGGAUUCCGGAAACCUGGGCCUUCCAUGCUGUUUGGAUCUCAAGAAGAGGAGCCCGAAAAGGACUGGCAGGAGAGCGGUGACAUUUUUCUUGGAAGACUCUAGAACAGGUUUCUGUUACCCUGUUAUAGGAAGUAAUCCAGAAUACUUACAUGCCAGCGUGUGAGACCACUCUGCCCUCAGCCCCCAGAAUUACUACCAGGCCUGGUGACAGCCAGAGAUCACUCAGCCCAAUUACACAUGGGGCACUGUGAGCUGGCAACCCCAUUCUGUCUAGUCGGACACAUCUCUUCCCAAGUGCUUAGGCUGAAUGGACCUCUCAGAGGCUCUGGCUCCAAGAGAGGCCGUGGGUGGAGUCCAGGGCUGGUGUCAGUCCUCUCCCUUCAGAGGCCCUGCUGGGCAGUGGGGGAGCCCUCGCAGGGCUGGAUGGAGCCUCUCUCCAGGAUUGCGGGUUGGCAGAGUCAGACUGACACACAGGCUUCAGGGACUCAGGGACAGGGGCGAGCUGGAUGUCUCAUCAGUGAAAGAAUUAUAGGCUCAGUGACUGCUGGGAUCAGCUGGGAUCAACUGGGAUCACCAGGAUCGCAGAGUGUGUGUGGAGGGCGGGGAGCUUGAAGGAAGGGGUGUCUAAUGACCAACGAGGACAGUGGUGAAUUCUGUCCCCCCCCCCCAAACCGAUGAUGGGCCGAGGCUGAAUCUCAGCCCUCCCUGCUUCUUUCUCUUCUUCCCCAAGCAGCAGAACCAAAACUGUUCACCCCACUUGAGGGUUUUUCUUCCUGUUUUUGUUUAGUUCUGUUUUGGGUAACAGGGUGGGAUGUGAGGCCAGCUUCUCACUCAACUGUAAAUACCAGAACUCUGCCAACUCUGAAACUCUGCACAGUGGGGCCAGGCAGGGGGGUAGUCACAGAGCAGGUCAGAGGUGGUCAUCACCUCCUUUCAGACUGGGGAACGGACUGAGGGUUGGCACACUUUCUGGAAAGAGCCAGAUAGCAAUUAUUUUAGUCUUUACAGGCUAUGUACAGUCUCUGACAUGUUUUUCUUUGUUGUUGUGUGUUUUGUUUUAUUUUGUUUUUUAAAAAAGCCUUUUAAAAAUGUAACAGCCAUUCUUAGCUCAAGGGCUGUACAAAACCUGACCCCAGGCUGGUUUUGGAAGGUUGCCAGUCCCAGCGAAGCUUUGAAGGCAGGCCUUCUGUGCAGCUUGGGGCUGCCUCCGGCCCCCUGGCCUGCCUUCGGUGCAGUGGGAUCCUGAGCGUGAGGGCUGGGUUGGGUUUUGUUUUCCUUCUGAUGCUCCGUGAGAGAUCAGUGAGUGAAUUAUUUCGGCUACAAAUGAGGCAGCUUCAGCAGAGUCAGACGAUAAAGGCCUGCUCUCCUGGAGGCCAGGAUGUGGGCUUCUCCCCCCCUCGCCCCCGUCCCUUGAGACUGUGUCCAGGAAAGCAGGGGAGGGUGCCAGCCCCCUGCCCAUCUGCUGCAUCCACAAGCCGCUGGGCUAUGAGCGGGGGGAGCCCGAGAGAAUGAGGGUGAUGCUGUAUCAACUCCCCCCACGGCCCCCACCUCAGCUGCCAACCCCCACCAGCCCCUGCCUCAGCCAGAGGCCUGGUUGCCUGACCCUCCUUGAGGUCCCUCAUCUCUGCUUGCAGAGGAAGCCUCUUCCCUCGGGCACAUGCCAGAAUUUGCCUCCGUUUCCUCAUCACCUACUCAUACAUUUAUUUGGUGGGCUUUCAGGGGUGUCCUUUAUGUGGCCUGGGAUGCUCCACACAAUACAGGAGGGUCUGGUGGGGAAGAGAAAGCCUCCCACCUCCAACCAUAGCUCCCUAGGGUCCUGCUUCCAACGGAGUCAAUAUCCGUGCCCAUUUUGUAGCUACUUCAGUGGCAGCCUAGGAACGCAAAUUCAUUUUCCUGGAGCAUAGGCGUCCUGGAGUCAUUUGUCAGUGGGCUGGGCUCUCAGAUUCUAUCAGGUUAGCUGUGCAGGCCUUAGGAAGGUUGCCAAGUACCAGAGAUCACGUGGUUAAUUUCUGUGACCUCCCGGCACUUGCAUUAAGGUUGAGUGACAUCGUCAUUAAUGGCCCCAGACAGUUGCCUGAAGUUGAGGCUGCAGCUUGCUAACGUCACAAGCUUGGAGCUGGAAGGGAUUUUAGAGAUCAGUUAGCCAACUCUCUCAUUUGACAGACGAGGAAAGGGAGGCUCAGAGAGGUUAGGUGAUUGGCUCAAAGUCACACAGCAAGGUGGUGGUACCGCCUACCCAGUGAUCCAGACAAGCGUUCUUUGCUGUAUGUCGCCUCUGUACUCCAGUACAGAUGAGGAACCGGAAAAGAAGCCAGGAUUUUUACCAAGGAUGGAUGUGAAAGAGUCUCAUUCUAAAAUCUCGAAACCCUGUGGGUGCAAGGGGACAAAAUGAAGAAGGAUGGGAAGCACUUAGAGAUAUAUACACAGAAAGAGAGAAAUAAAAAGGAGGGAUUGAGAAAACUUGUUCAGAAAAACACCAAAAUACCAAAGCAUAGCACAAAAUAAUUAGAAGAAAACUGAUGCCACAUCCAAAACAGUUGAUUUUUGUCCUUUCUGAAGGAGAUAGAAUGGAGCCCCUAUCAACGUUUGGAAGACCUGUGAAGCCAGUUUUGAUGACUUCUGGCUUCUUUAGAUUCUAGUGUGAGGGUCUGCAACUAAGGCCCAUGGGCUGAAUCUGGCCCACUGACUGUUUUUGCAAAUAAAGUUUUAUUGGAACAUAACUGUACUCAUUUGUUUGUUA